AGACACGAGAGUGUAUUUAUGUGAAUAACAUGAAGCCAAUUUGAAGCUGUGAAGUUAUUCAUCAGCUCAGCACCACAUCCAUCCGUUUAAUGGCUUCUCAAUCGCUACACGACAGAGUCGCCAUCGUCACCGGCUCUUCCCGCGGAAUCGGACGAGAAAUCGCACUCCACCUAGCUUCGCUCGGCGCCAGACUCGUAAUCAACUACACUUCAAACUCCAACUGCGCCGAUUCAGUCGCAGCCGAAAUCAACGCCAACCAAGCCACUCCACGAGCCAUCAUCGUCCACGCUGACGUGUCAGAUCCAGAUGGAGUGAAGUCUCUCUUCGACUCCGCCGAGCAAGCCUUCAACUCGCCGGUUCACAUCCUAGUUAACUCAGCCGGCGUUCUCGACGCCAAGUACCCUACGAUAGAGAACACGACCGUUGAAAGCUUCGACCGCAUCAUGAACGUGAAUGCAAGGGGAGCGUUUCUCUGCGGGAAGGAGGCAGCGAACAGGUUAAAGCGCGGCGGCGGAGGCAGAAUCAUACUGUUGACGACUUCAUUAGUGGAGGCGUUGAAGCCUGGUUACGGGGCGUACACGGCGUCAAAGGCGGCGGUGGAAGCGAUGGUGAAGAUUAUGGCAAAGGAACUGAAGGGAACGGGGAUUACGGCGAACUGCGUGGCGCCGGGACCUGUUGCGACGGAGAUGUUUUUCGAGGGGAAGAGUGAGGAGUCGGUGAAGAAAGCUGUGGAAGAGAGUCCGUUUGGAAGACUCGGUGAGACGAAAGAUAUUGCUUCUGUUGUUGGGUUUUUGGCCACUGAUGCUUCUGAAUGGAUUAAUGGUCAAGUUAUUCGUGUCAAUGGUGGCUAUGUUUAGUUCAUUCACUCUAGGAUUGGAUUAAGUUAUGCUAUAUUGCUAGCUACUUCUUUUCCCAUUGCAACUGAUUCUAUUAAAGAUAUAAAAUGUACUCUAUUUUUUUUAACAGUGAAUAAAAUAAAAUGUAUUUUAAGAAUCUCAA